AUGAAGGAAGCACAGGAAAAGCAAAAAGCCCACAUUGAGAAGACGAUCGCAGCCAAUCUCAAAGCGGGAAAGGCAAAUGACGAUCAGAACAAGAUCAAACAAGCAAAGUCACGUCAGAAGAAACUAGAUAACCGGUGGGGCAUGGAAGUCAGUGCUAGGGGCGGUAGGUUUAAGUUGAAUCGCGACCUAGUUGGCUAUCACUUUACAGCUCGAGAGGAGAUCGACAUACCCCCGGAAGAACGACCUGUUAUUAUAAAUUUACCGGAGCCGCCUGAUCUACGAUUUCCAGGAUCGCUCAUAACCCUUGAAAAAGUCAGCUUCCGUUAUGCGGCUACGUCUCCGAUCGUCAUCCGGGAUGUCGACCUCUCGGUCGGUAUGGGCGACCGAAUUGGGAUAUUGGGGUUGAACGGGGCGGGCAAAUCAACACUCAUCCAAACAUUGGUCGGAGAAACAAAUGCGACACAAGGAACAAGAAAUACGCACCCUCGCCUACGGCUGGGAUAUUACUCCCAGCAUGGAGUGGAGGGUCUGCAAGCCCUUGGUGCGCAGGAUGAAACACUCACAUCGCUAGCACUAUUGACCCAGGAUGUUAAUGGGGAAUUGACGGAGGGUGAGAUCCGCGGCCUCCUAAGUCAGCUGGGACUGCCUGGGCGUCUAGCCUCAGAUGUACCUAUUCGCAAGCUGUCGGGCGGACAGCUGGUUCGCUGUGCAUUGGCACGGUUGUUCUGGCGUCGUCCUCAUUGCCUCGUUCUGGAUGAGGUCACGACCCACUUGGACUAUGAAACUGUUACAGCGUUAAGACGGGCGUUUAAUGAGUGGGAUGGGGCGGUUGUUGCUGUUAGUCAUGAUAGAUGGUUUAUGAGGGGGGCUGUGGAGGGGGUAAUAGAUGAAGGGCAGUCGGAGGAUGAGGAGGAUGAUACUGUGGAUGGGUUAGAGAAUAGGAGGAGAGUCAUGUAUAUGGUACGCGGUGGGGAGUUGAGUGUGCUGGGACGAGGUGUUGAUGAGUUUGAGGAGUUGAUAGAAAGGCGAGUGAGGAAGUUGAUACACUAG